GUAAACUAGAGUACCGAAUUUCAUCAAUUGCUCUCAUAACCUUUAUUUUAUUUAAAUAAUGAAUGUAUAUGCUAAUGUGAACAUAUACAAAAUGUGUAGAUAAUUUUAUCGACCAUAGUUUUUUUCCAUAAAAUACAGUUUCCAAUGUAUUAUAGAUUUACCGAUGAUAUCACCUGAUAUUUAAAGUUUAAACGCUGUAUCAUCGUCUAUAUAUUAUAAAUAAUAAUACGUUAUAAAAAAUGUUUUUUAUAAAUUAUGCUGUACUUAAUACGUAUGACAGUGAUUGUAAUUUAUUAAUUAUUGCAGAAACUUUAAAAGAACUUCAAAUGAAUAGAAACGAUUUAGAUAAAGUUCAAUCUAAAUCAAAAGAAAUCGAAGACAUCCCAAAUGGCUCUGGAAAGGUUUCAGUUAAAGUAAAACCAUAUUUACAUAAAUAUUAUGAGCAUUUGAAGGCAAACCAAUAUCUUUAUUUAGACAAAAUUCCAAUGACUCCUAAAGAAUUUUGUGAAGACCUCGAUAUACCAGAUUUUAGUGUGGAUAAAUGGUGCUUACGCAAUCAAGUAUUGUUAAUUUAUAAUGAUGAAUAAAAGCAUCUUAUCUAUUUUUUACAAUCGUAAAUAGUAUGAUUUCCAAGGAUUAUUUUCACAACAAAUAUGUAUUAUCAAACUAGUCACCCAUACAACG